AUGGCCGUCGAUCUCGCCGAGGAGAUUGCUCAGAAGACAUCAUCUCUCAUCCAAUCCAGCAACCAUCGAGAUCUCCUCGACAUCGUCGAUCCACUUCGAUCUCACGGCGUCAGCCACUAUGUCGAUCUCCCCCAGAUCAUUGUGUGCGGCAGCCAGUCCUGCGGCAAGAAACUUGUCAUCUCAUACAUGCAUCAGCGUCGAAGCAUCAUCCUGGCCGUGGUCACGGCAGACAAUCCGUUCGCGAACCAGCCCGUCACCAAGUUCGCCCGAGAUAUCUACCCGUCGGGGAAGAGAACGCUUGGACUCAUCACGAAGCCAGACAAGAUCGACCGGGGCUCCGAGAGCGAGCGCUACUAUGUGGAGCUGGCGCAGAACCAGAAAGUGAAACUCACUCUUGGGUGGCAUGUGCUACGCAACAGCAGCCACGCUACCGCCGACGACACAGCGGAGGAACGAGAUGAGAGAGAGGCCUCGUUCUUCGAGGGCUCUGUUUGGGGCAAUUCACUUGAACCUACGCAGCUUGGUGUGAAGCCACUGAGAGGCCGAUUGCGCAAUAUUCUCUGGCAUCAAAUCAAAGAGGGACUUCCCGGGGUGAAGUCUGACGUUCAGUCCGGUAUCAAGUCCUGCGAAAACCGGCUGCAGCAGCUUGGCAAGCCACGCGCCACGAAGAGGGAGAAGCACACCUACCUCCAGCGAAUCAGCAGCCGUCUUUCCACGCUCGUCCGGGCAGCCAUCGACGGGGCGUACGUCGAUCAUUUCUUGGAGCCUCCGCCUCAUCAGGACACCGCGCUCGAGAGACGGCUGCGGGCAAAAAAAAUGCGCACCGAUGGCCAUGCUUUGGAGAUUGUGGAGCAUGGCAUGGAACCGGUACGGCGCUCGCAUUCUGGAUACGUCAAGAGAGACGUGUACUUGAAGGAAGUCAAAGAGCGAAUGAUCGAGUGCCGGGAGCGAGAGCUGCCGGGAACCUUCAACCCGCACGUUGCUGGCGACUUGUUCAGCCAGCAGUGCAAGCCUUGGGAGGCCAUCACCCAACACUUGGUCGAGGAGAUACACGGAGCUGCCGCAAAAACCUUCAAUAGGAUGGUAUCCGAGAUUUGCGACCAGAAACUCCUGUCUCGCCUGAUGAAGGGGCAUAUACAACCCGCGUUACAUCUCCUGAGGAAGGACCUAAAAGCCAAGGUCAGCGAGUUCCUGGAGCCGCACUUGUCGAUCCACCCGAUCACGUCCAACAGAUCCAGCCUAUGGCUUUACCUCAGAGAGCGAAGCAAGAUAUCUGAGGCCGAUAUGGUAGAGGUUCUUCGGCAGUUCAAAAUAGGGACCCAGCCAGAUAUCGAGGAGUACUCUGCCUCUAUUACAGCCGAUGUAGCUGCGGCUUAUUAUACGGUUGCCCUGAAGAAAUUCAUCGACGAUGUCAGCGUCAACACGGUCGAGACGUGCCUCAUCCAACUUCUGCCCGAUGUGUUCUCUCCCGAUGUGGUGUGGGAUCUGUCCGAUGAACUCGUUGAGCUUCUGGGGUCGGAGGACGAGACUACCGUCAAGGAGCGCAUCGACCUGACCAAGAAACUGAUGACUCUCGAGAAGGGCUUGCAGGAUCUGGAUGCUUUUACUGUACGGCAUGGUGCAAACGCGGUGAAUGCACUCCAUCUUGAGGCACACGAAGAUAAAACUUCUGAGCUAGAGAAUAAUUUUCAAGCCCUCGAACUCGCAGGCACGCCGCUGAAGAGUCAGGAGUGUGGGUUGCUAGGUCUCCCACUCGAUUGCCUGAGGUUAAUAUUUGACCUUUGCAUCGAGUACGACGAGUCUAGCCACACAAACCUGCAGGAUGCCACACGUAUCCGACUCGUCUGUCAUAUCUUCGACUUUGAGGUCAUGCGAACUAUUUGCACUACCCGACUUCUUCAAAAGAUGAAGCAAAACCCAGAAGUUGGGUCUCUCAGGGAAUGCGCCGCAAAAGGGAGAGAUUUUUACUGUUGCCUGCCACCAUUCACAGGGAGUAGCGCGGCAUUCUUGGCCCGCUACCUCUUCUCCCAAUACCACAUCUCCAAACCCGCAGAUUCCCUCCCUUGGAACGCCAAUCUAUCGACUGCGGUCAACGCGGUUGUGAACGAAGUCAUGCAGAAAGACGGGGUCGAUCCUGGCGGGCCAGAGAGGUACAAUUAUUUUCGUACUAUCUGCGAGAGGGCCUUGCAUCUAUUUGAACCGGAGCCAGCCAGACCUUGCGUGAUCUGGGACCUCUUCAAUGACCACAACCAAUCCCUCUUGUUUCCCAUGGAGCAUAAAAUCCAGGUUGGCAAACUGGAAACCCUCGUUCUCCUCGCCCAGGUAUAUCUCGGAAAGCCAGACGUCGUGGGAAAGAUUCGCUCCAUGAUACUUGACAGGGGCCCGAGGAAGGUCUCAACCUUCCGGAAGUCCAUCAAAGGCCCGGAGCUGCACCGUAAGGCACCGCUCUUUGGCUCUUUUCUUGAAGCCGCUAUCCGAACGCACAACCACAACCUCGCCGUGCUUCUCGUCAGAUACGAGGUAGACAUCUCGGAGAUUACAAAGGCCCGAGGCACGGCAAAGGAGAAGAAGAAAAGGCAGUACGACUGGCACUUUUUGGAAAUAGCCACGGCAGUGGGGGACGAAGAGAUGGUCCAGAUCUUGCUGGAGACGAGACCCAAACCCGCAACCCAACUCUGGCCAAUGAUCCGCCUGGCAGUUUGCGCCGAGUUCCCCGACGUGGCCAGGGUGCUGAUGGACUACCUUCGCAAACACGGCUUUCCCGGCAUGAAGGGAAAGAGGGAGGAAGACCUCUGGGCCUGGGACAUCGACCCCCACGACGAGGACGGCGACUGGGACGAACAUCCCAGACCCAAGUGGCUCACGUCGAAUGCGGCACUCAUGGAGGCCUGCCGCCAUGGAAAUCUCGAGUGUGUCCGGGUGAUGCUGGAUUCGCCCUAUACCCUGAUCCACCCGGCCUUUCUGCAGAAGUGGUGGUCGAGAGGGUUGACGUGGAAUGGGGUGUCCCCAGUGGACAUCGCAAUCGGACGAGGAGAUGAAGCCAUGCUGCGUCUCCUGAUCGCCCGCGGCGCAAAUCCGUAUGGUCUGGGUCAGUGCAAGACGGCCAGACACGGGACGGUGUUGAGAUUCGCGGACCGCCUGGUCAAAUCCAUGGUACCAGCUGCUGAGAUGGCGAAUGUCGGUAUUGCGCGAGUCCUGGUCGAGGCUGGCUGGGAAUGCUGUGUUCAUCUGUGGAUGGUGGUCCUCCACAAGGCCAUGCUGGCGAGAACAACCCUGGCCGACACUCUUGACCGUGUCUCCCCUGAGAAGCGAGAAGACACAAUGCGCGAGUGGCGCAGGAGGGACGUCGAGUUCUGGCGGUAUCUCGUCCAUGUUGGAGCUGUCGACCUUACUGCCGUUCUUAAGGGGUGCGAUUCGGCUAAGGAUACGGCUGCGCUUGGCAUAGACAAGGUAGGGUCUGUGAGGUCUUUUAUCCUCGAUGAGUUUCCGCCGCAGGAGAAGGCUCCUUCUGAGGUGAUCCAUAGCUAUGCAGGGGAAAGGGAUGGGUAGGUUAGAUAUUGUUCAAGAGUAACACCCUAUGUGUGUUGGAUUAUCC